AUGAUCCUCAGCGACUCUAGAGAGGCGCUUGAGCAAGCAACCCGGAGCGACGACCAAGAAAAACAACUCCAGGCCGUCCAGCAGGUCAUCGAGGCGCUGGCUAGGCAGGAGCAUGGCGAGCCGGCAACGGUGAGCGGGGAUGCUCCCAGAGCAUCCGCCACGAUGAUGACUUGCUGGCUGGACCUGUCCGAGGGGGUCUCGUACGCGACCACGGUGCCGGUUUGCGUAUGCGUGCUGCUGCAGUUGUUCUUCCUGAGCGCCGCCUUCUGCUGCUCAAGACCGCGGAGGAAUCUGUCCCCCGGGCACUCACAGCGGGCCAGGACGCAGCUGUCAACUCGGUGGGCCUCGCUGCUGGUGCUGGCGAGCAGCGUGCUUUCCUGGGCCAGUGGCGUGGCGGCCGAGCACCAGCGCAGCCGAGGCCUGUACGUGUGCUUCUCCGUCUCCACCAUCAUGCUAGGAGUGUUCAUCGCCACUCUCAGGAUCACUACCGAGGAUCAGGUGCGUUGGCGGUUGCUGACCAAGGUGGGCCUGAGCAACGCGGUUGCCAACGUGUCCUCCCCGCCGUGCUCGUCGGUGCGGACCUGGUCUCGCGAAACCUUGAGCAGCACGAACAGCUCUCCAAACAACAGCCCCAUGUCCACGUCAGCCACUCCAGAGGCCUCGGCGCACCGCCUUAAGGUCUUCAACCCGGCCUUCAAGUAAUGGUGUCUUCUUGAAUUAGCGUAUCCCAGAAUGAGUGUAGGCAACAAAUCAGAUAAAAAAGAACUCGUUAGAAAAAACAUAAGCCAAAAGGGGUGCUUCUUGGUCUUAUGUUUUUUCUUGCAUGUUUUUUUUUUCUUGUGUGCCUAGCUUCCUCCACUCAUUCUGAGUUGCACUAAUCGAAGAAGACGUCAUGGAAUACCAUCUCGCCCGAACCACCAGCCUUGGGGACUUCAAGUAAUGGCUGCAAGUGAGAACUCUCCAAAAGAACAACACGUAGUGACAGAAUUUCGGAAAACGCUGAUGAUGGUACUCGACAUGUGCCCAGCAUUAGCAACGAUGCUGGAACAUUGUUUUGUUGUCCCUCCGCGAACCGACAAUAUCUUACUGUGGUAGUUUGCGUACGCAAAGCGCUACGCCCAAAUCGCAUUCUUUUGUUCUCAUUUGGGGUUAUUUUGUAAGUGCUGUGGUUAGCGGCCUCUAGUUUUACGUAUGCGAAAUGUAAAUCUCCGUAACGAAGGGACACCUAAGGAGGCAAAGCAUGCAAGUAUAAGAGUGCUUUUGAACAGAAGGCCCGCAUAUUCAUAUGCUUCACUUUUAGUUGGGGAAGAGGAAACGUAGACACCUCAUUGGCAACAUGAAAAAGACAAACACCACUGAGUGCAAAACCUGACUAAUUUUUCUGCUUCCUAGCCAAGUACUCUGUACUCCAAGUAUCUAAAUUCGCCAAAGGCACUGUCAUACUACCGCACUACGCGAAGUAGUGUGGGAGUUUCCACACAUGUGUGGAAGCUCCGCCUCCGCAGUUUUCCAUUAAUUUCCAAAAAAUUCUGCGAGAUGGCAUUGCUGAGUUGAUGCAGUUGAUGACAGAAAAACAUUCAUUCACACUCUAGGAAAAGAACUAGGAAGCUUACCAGCAAGUGGCGUGUAGGGUGGGCAACAUCGCGACAAAGAAUGUCAAGCGGAAA